ACGACGUCUUCUCUGUCCAUAUCUUUCACGCACUAGAAAGGCAGCCGCACUUGCCGACCAGUCGCAACUGCGAGCUUUGCCCUCACCCACCUUUAAUCAAUCAGUUGAACCCAUCCCCCCAUGAGACGACAAGGGCACUCAGGCCAUGCACACGCGCACGCAGGGCACGCAAGUGUCGUCAGGUGUUGAUAUUUACAACGAAGAGAAGAGAGAAGCAUGCUCUAUCCACCAGGCCCUCGCGCUAAGCAGUCUGCCUGUUUCUCGGUGCUAACAAUCCAUCCAUCUGCAGCUAUGUCUGGCAGUGCGUGCAUGUGACCCCUUGACUAGCUAGCUAUCCGGCCGGGAGGGGGCAACAACGUCUAAAUCCGCUGAAUAGCAUCAGCGAUCCCCUCGAUGCUGAUCAGCCGCAUUUCCACAUACCGCUUCAGUUGUGGGUCGAUGAAUUGCCUGAUCUCCCCCUCUCGCAUCGACCCCAACAUGGCCUUCUCGCAAUCAUUCUCGCCGGCCACACGAAUCACUAGCCCGGGCAACUCCAUCGCGUUCCUCUUGCCGUGAAAUCCGUCAGUCCAUGUGGCCCAGUGCAGCUUGACCAUGUCGUUGACUGUCGGCACCUUCCCGGUCCCUUCGCGCACGAUGCGGUAGCGGAUACCGCACGGCGUCACAGUGAAGCCGUCAUCUCUGUUGUCGCCGUCGCCUACCGCCGCCGCUGCCGCUGCUGCUUGUGAUGGGUGUUGCCGCCCUUCUUGCUGCUGGUCUUGACGUUGCCUCUUGGAGCCAACCGAUGGCCUGACAACAAGAGGGCAACCGAUCAUGAGAUAGGCACAUUGAUGAGCCGACCACAUGGCUCACUCAUGGUGCUCGAAGCAGAGCUUGAUGUGGUGGUGGAAUGAUGGCUUGAUGGCCACACGAUGGCCCUUGACGUCCAUCUCGUAACCGCCGCGGCUGUCCUCAUAGACAAAGUGCCCAUCCAACAAGCCGACGACGCGGUCACUCAUGGGCUGCAUGCACACAGCAAUUCGCCUGGCGAUUCGUGACACCCAUGCAUUCCAUUUCCUCACCUGUACUUGUCGCUGAUGCUGAUGGUGGGAGAUCUGUCAAAAGCGACUUGUGAUCUCGGUAAGCAACCCGCUCAGCUCGCUAUCCUCACGCCGGG